AUGUCCAUUUCGUCGUCGCAAUAUGCCGACUUGCUACACCUGGUGCAAGGGAAUCCAGAACUUGCUGAUAAGAUUAGAACCUUGCGAUUGGGCUUAGAAGCUGACGACCUGCUCGAACACUUCAAAUACGACGCCGUGAUUGACCAGAAUUGCACCACCCAUACCGAAUACGAGCGAAAUGGCAGUCACGCUAUCCGCAUCGUGAAGAGGAAAUGGUACCGCCGCCCCGACCCCAUAGGAUGGGGGAUAUACGGCAAGGUCUGGCUGGAGAGUGAUGAGGCCAACAAUCGUCGGGCAGUCAAGGUCGUGCAAAAGGACUUGAUGGAACGCGAUAGCAUCGACUACAAGAGGGAGAUUCUCGCACUGGCCAAGUUUUCCAAACCGCAGUACCAACAGCAGGAGGUCCUGGUCAGCUUUCUGGGCUGGUUGGAAGACCCCUCCAACCUUUAUCUUUAUAUGGAGUUCUUCCCACUAGGUGAUCUCGAAAGCCACAUAUCCGAGUCCAUCCCCGAGGAAGAGGUCAAGGAUAUCACCACCAAUCUCCUUAAUGGCCUACGUAUCAUCCACGCUGAGCAGUUCACCCACCGCGACCUCAAACCCCGGCAACAUCUUCGUGGCCCGAAAGCCCCCGGUCGCCCGAUGGUGGCCCUUUACACUUCCAUCGGCACCCCGAAGUACACUGCUCCAGAGGUGAGCGGAGAUCUGGAUACCGACGAACCAACAUCAAUCUAUGAUAACGCAGCCGACAUGUGGUCUUUGGGCUGCGUGGUAUUCAGGAUCGCUACUCAGCAAGACCCAUUUCCGACGCGUCGAGACGUGCGGAGGUUCUGUGACGGGCGGACACCCUUUCCCGACAGACCACUUCGGGGGAAAAUGUGUCUGGAUGGAGUGGAAUUUGUCAAGGCGCUCAUCUCUCCUUUACCCACCGAGCGUAUAUCUGCAGAGGUCGCUCUGGGUAUGGCUUGGAUUCAAAAUCGAAAUCGGACCACGCUCGUCGCGGCGGAUGAUGAAUGGGUUGACGGAGCGAGCCACAUGUCUACGCCAGGUCGAAGCACGUCGUUCAUUGACUUUGACAAGGCUCCAAAGGACCAGAUAGCAACGACCAGCGACGAAUUUUGUUCUCCGCUGGGUCACCCAAGUUCUGGAACUGGGAAGGUUCCUUCUACUCCCAAGGGGGGAUUAACGAUACGAAGCGGCAAAACCCAGGCUCAGCCGACUCGCCGAAGACCUGAACUGCCAGAAGCUCGUACUGCUGAGCCUACUUUACCCUCUUCACGAAGCCCUUUUUCUCUGAGUCAUACAGACCCUCCAAGGCAUAAGAUAUCAAACUCGAGGGGCAAAGUUCCGUCCCAGCAGCAUCAUUCAAAACCCGAUUCCGCGUCUGCGCAGGCCCUUCGUCGUAGCCCCGCGGUUUUUGAGGAACAUAAAGCAAAGCGGUCUCACGCCGCAGGACAAACCAGAAAUCCGCAACAAGAUGACAGGUCAGAGGUUGCAGGUGCGUCCUCCGAGAUAGUCUCUCCUCAGGGGCAUUCUGGCACUCUACGAGAUGGGAAGGUCACUUCUACGAGACAGCCAGGACGAAGGCAAAGGUAUCCUGCCAAGCAGUCUUCACAGUCCGAACGGUCCGAAUUACCAGAGCCCAUUCUGUCCGGUGUCGAGGGCCACACAAGCGUCUUCAAGGCGCAUGUGGUGCCGGAGAACCACACGUUGAACAUAAUCGCCAUCCAUGGUAUGGAGAACACGGCAGACGGAGCCUGGACUCACAUUGAUGGCGGGGUUGAAGUCAACUGGCUUACACAUCCCGACAUGCUUCCCAAAGCCUUGCCCACGGCCAGCAUAUACACAUUUGAGUGGAGAAUGCCUUUCGGUAGCGGAAUCAUAAGCGGAGUGCUAUGGCGCCGUGGGUUUGAGCUCAGGCAUAAGUGGCAGGAGGCGCUGACUCGGACACCAAAACCCACGGUUGUCAUUGCUUGUGACUUUGGUGGGCUAGUGCUGGCCAGUGCUCUCGCCCAAGCCGAAGGCAGGCGCGACGCACAAGCAUGGCUACUGGACUCCCUACGAGGCCUGGUUUUUCUCGGGACUCCGUUCCGCGGAGCCGAUGACGAAGGGCUAAAGCGAUGGGAGGCCUACCACUCCCACAUCGUGCAGUUGUGUCAGGCGAAGUCUGACUUAUCAGCCCUCGACUGGUUGAGCCGAGGGCGACUGAUCAACAUUCUGAGCAUUGUCCACACGCCCUUUCUCAAAGAAAUCUGCCAAGGCUUGGAGAGGGCAAUCACCAACCACAACCGCACCAUCCCCACCGUUUGUUACUACGAGAUUCACGACACCAAGUUCAAACGGAACCCACUCACGUUCAAGCGGCCGGCCAAGCCGGGCGUGCUGGUCGAAUCCACCGACGCCUGGCCCGGCAUCACCUCCGUCCACCAGGCGGGCCUACCCACUGAUCACCGCGGGCUGAAUAAAUUUGCCGGCCCACAUGAUCCCAGCUAUCGCAAGCUACGAGAUCAGAUUCUCGCUUUUGUGGGGGAUACCGUGCCGCGGACUCUGCCCUCGGAGCGGGACUAUGAUGACGUUCAUGUGGAGGAGUAUGCGGCUCGGUAG